GCGACCACAACAAUGACAGCUGCAAAACAUACACAGAGUGCACAGAUUUGUGUCCCUAAAAUGAGUAAAUAAGAAACUCUAAAAACGUUGUGAUAUUUUCAAAUUUUUAAAAUAGUUCGUAACACGAUGGACUUUUUCUCGUUCAUCAUUUUAACGUGCGUCUCCGUAUUUGUGGGCGCUAUUUUAACCUUAGUUAUACAGUAUUAUGUGCUAGUGAGAUACUUCAACAAAGCACCAAUUGUUGAAGAAGUUCCAAAGAAAAUUAACCCAGAGGCCUAUUGUUUACCAGAAGAACUGAAGAAGCUUGUCGACUCUCCAGAUGGAAAGGAGAAAGCUGGUUCCAGUUUACCAAUUAGUCUUAUGCUGCAAUUUCUUUUUCAUGAGCUAAGACACUCUGAUUCAAUUAAGAAAUGGUUGUACAAGAAGCUUUCUUUAGAAUUUGAUGAGUUGCUGACAAAAACAACUAUUGGCAAGUUUUUUGAAGCUGUUACUAUAAGGGAUAUGCAUUUAGGUACACAAUUCCCUGAUAUUAAGAACAUAGCAUUGGACAAGAUUAAAUUGGAUGAUGCUGAGGGACACAUAGAAACUUUGAAUCUCUCAGUGACAUUGGAUUACACUGGGAACUUCUCUCUGUCUGUCGGUGCCAAAAUGAAGUUUGGCAAAACAGCUUACCUUUCCAUCAAAGUGAAGAGAAUAGCUGGAUUAGCUAGACUGCAGUUUACCAGGACUCCUUACACCCAUUGGUCAUUCAGCUUUUACACUGAACCUGAGAUGGAAUUUGCUGUUGAGUCGCAUUUCCAGGGAAGACAGCUACAAUCCAAUAUCACUAAUUUAAUUGUGAAUCAAAUCAAGAAAGCUAUUAAAAGGAAACACACGUUACCUAAUUAUAAAAUUAGAUAUAAACCAUUCUUCGUGAAAACUGAUCCAGGACAAAUGGAAAGUGAAGAAACCGAUGUAGUUCCUCAAGGAUUCUUGGAAGUGUCCUGCACUGAAGUCUCUCGACUUGCCGUUGGUCCCGAAAUACAAACUGUCUAUUGCACGUUUACAAUUGAUACGAUUCCUUUUGUUAGUAUUCAUGAAAGAGAUGGAAGCUUCUCCAUAACACUAGAGCUGACCAUGACGAAGGUACGACAACAACAGCUGGGAGUGAUUUUCAAGCAAGAAGCGAACACUGUGAUCGUCGAAAGUGUAACACCACAAACGCCAGCUGCCAUCGCGGGUCUUAAACCGGCCGACAUAGUUUUAGCCAUUGAGAACAAGAACAUUACGAACGUAUCGCAGAUCAGCAAGAUCAUCAAAUCCAUAACAUCGGUGAACAUCAGCAUCAAAAUUGAACGGAUCUCCUCCGGUUAUUACUAUAGGCAAACGAAGACUGACAGACUCGAGAAUCCGGUUAUUUGCGUGAACGAUGAGGACGUCGUCGAGCAGGAGAGUUUCGUGGUGCUCGAGAAACCGGAGGAGGUGGAUGUGAAAAAGCCCAAAACGAAGAGCGAUAAAAUGCCGAAAUUGAUUUCGGGCGGCAACGAAAAUAUGUCGAAGUUUGCUCAGACUCUCGGGAAUUUUACGCUGCGCAAGCGGAAAACUUCAGUGGAGAGAGCUUCCAGCGGCGAUAGUAACAAGAGCACCCCAACACCAAGUUGUCCAUCGACGCCACAGCACAGCUUUAAGCAGGCCAUAACAAUACCUGCCAAUUUCAUCUUGAACAAGAAGAACUCGAUUUCCGAAAUGCCGGAAAUUUUGCAAGCUGAAGAAAAUUUGGAAAGCGAUCUGAUCGAUAUACAUAAGAGCAAGGAGAUUGGAAACAACUCAAUAAUUACAUUCAACGAUGAUUUCUUGUUUAAACUCAAGGAAACACACAAGUAUUUGAAUGUAAACGUUUGGGGGAAAAUUGUGGAUAAAGACACGUUGUUGGGAUUCGCGAACAUUCCGUUAUCAGAGAUUUUGAACGCUUGCUGCCAUUCCAUGUUGGGUCAUUACGUUAGAACUUACUCUUUCCUACCACCGAGCAAUACAAUUCCUAACAUGCAGAAUCACCCGUUGAUGUCUCAUUCCGGUUUCGAACAUGUGUUUUGCUAUGGUGACAUCUUGCUGUCUUUCGUUUGGUCACACGAUGAAAACAUCGAGAUGCGCAGGAAGAAUUCCGUUGUUACCAAUGAUUUGGAGAGGAAACCUAGCGAGAAGCAAACCGGAAAUCAGCACGACUUUAUACGCACCCAAUUCCAUAGGACAAUUCACUGUGAUUUUUGCUCUAAAAAGAUUUGGUUGAAAGAUGCAGUUCAGUGUCGUGACUGUGGCUUGUGUUGCCACAAGAAGUGCAUUGCGAAGUGCCAAACCAGCACCGACUGUGUGCCGAACAAACCGGAAGCAGCAGACGUUUCGCAACCGGAAAUCAUAAUGACCGAAGCCUGCGAUGAUAUCGACGACGAUAUGGACUUGGCGAUGAAGCGCGUGAACAGUGCGAACAACCUCUGCAUACCAGGAGCACCUCUUCAAGCUUGCCAAUCACGCAGUUUACCACCAACCCCACAACGCACGCCCAGCCGGAAACAAUCACUAGUCAUGGCAAAUCCCUUCUCUCUUUGCCCUUCGGCCCUCGACGAAAUCCAAGCCGAUUGCACCCAAGACAUGUACGAAUGCAUCACCCGUUUGCUAGAGCAAAUCCUGCUCUACUCCUCCGACGAAAACCUCAUGGAAAUAGCUAAAGAAACCGGAAGGCAGCUAUACUCGAGCAUGCAGGAGGAUGAGAAAAUGGAUAAAAUAACAGCCAUGAUGACUGAACUGAAGAAGACUUUCGAUACGAUUACAAACGAACAUGCUGAUAUCAGCAAACGGUUGGGAGCCGAGGAGAGUGAAGUCGAGAAGGCGAAGCUUGCGUUCCUCUUGGGACAGGCGGACGCAAAAAUUCAAGGCCUUAGUGUGCUCAUGCUUCACUAUUGCUCCGGUUUACAGCAUUCCCAGUAAAAUGCUGUCAAAAUUAUGUAGUAGCAGCCUUGCGUGUGAUAUUUUACAUUACUUUAGAAGGUUUCGGUUUACAGUAGAUGGCACAGAAGAUUUUGAAGUGGAAAAGGAAGGAUAGCACCAAAAUAAACAUAAUAAUCAUUGUCGCAGUAUUAGUAUAUGACGUGUUUCUCUAGUCCUAUUCUCUCAGCGUUAAGACAAACACCGAGAUAUCUUACAGUACAAUAAUUGAACGACAUAUCAAACCCCCUUUAAGAAAGCAAGUCCACAUAUUUUUUUGCUCUUAUACACACACAAAUCUCUUGCAAAACCAUUUUUUUUGUAACCAAAUAUGGUAGUUUAGUGGUGUUGAAUCUUUAUUUUAGCGUUGAGAGAAUUUCGUAGAUUUUAUUGUAUUGGUUUAUUCCAUUUACGACUAUUUAUACAUUCCUUUUUUGGUUUAUAUUCCGUUAGUACA